CCUCAAAAAGUAGGAAUCUACAGAGACGUUUCUACAUUUUUACGUAUGACUCGAUGUGCAGCAUGUUCAACAUUUUACAGCAUUUUUUUAGGUUUAAGGAGAACUCCGUUAACAAAAGUGGAACCUAAUGUUAAAGCACAAAAAAAAUGGAUUAAAUGGCCCCAAAAAAAUCCUUUCCAAAUGCCAAAUAUUUCCAGCUAUAAUCCAGUGUAAAACUGCGAGUCGCAUGCAGCUUUUUACAGCACGCAGGAAAUGGCCUUGCAUCACAGCAGUGCGUGUUUAAUUAGACUCUGCCUCGUUUUCGAUGCACGCACGUAGCGUGUGUUAAUCGUCGGGUUCUAACCCGGUUCGCCCGUCCUGCUCCGCCCGGUGUCCUGCAGGGGGCGGCAGUGACGCCGAGGGGGCCGAACCGAAGCUCUCCGGCUCUCCUGCUCUUCACUUCGCUUCACAUCUUCAUCAGCGGAGGACCGUCCUCCUCCGAGCUCCGCGCGUUUCGGAGCGUCUCGCCGCGUCUCGCCGCUCGCGCGCGCUUCCGGGAUCCGCGGGACUUGCCUGUUCGUUCCCCCGAACGCUUAUGGAUAUAACGCCGAGCUGGGACCGGGAGAUGCACGAGUUUCUCUCUUAACCGCAGCGGUCGCACGAUGGGGAAACUUCACUCAAAACACGCUUGCAAACGUCGGGAAAAUCCCGAGGGGGAUAGUUUCGUCGUGAACGGCGUUAUUUCCAGACGAGGAGUUGAAGACGGCGAAAGAUGCGACGGCCUGAAAGAUUAUAAGGAGCUGAAGGACGGACGGACGUCUCUGCAGGUGGUUUUGCCUCCAGAGAAGGCUGAAGGGUGUGAGAGUUUGUUUCCGUCUGAAGAUGGAGAGAGAGACGCCAGCAAAGGAAAGAAACGCAUCAAUCUGGAUGAUCUGGAGUGUAACGUGUCUCUGGUUGAUGAAAACAGGCAGGAGUGGGUCUUCACGCUCUACGACUUCGACAACAGCGGAAGAGUCACAAAAGAGGACAUGUCUAGUUUGAUGCACACUAUCUAUGAUGUGGUGGACGCUUCGGUCAAUCACUCGUGUAACAGCAAACGAAAGACUCUCCGGAUGAAGCUGACGGUCACUCCUGAACCUGGAGCUCACAGGAGAGACCUCACACACACCGGGAACGACAAUCGUUUGAGUCGCAUGGAGUCGGUUCCCGCGGAGCACACACACAUCAGAGCUCAGAAUCACUACUGUGUGGACGAGAACACCGAGAGACGGAACCAUUACCUGGAUCUGGCGGGAAUAGAGAACUACACCUCCAGAUUUGACAGUUCGUCUCCUCCUGCGGUGGAGCAAGAGCAUCCUCCUCGGCCCGCACACGAUCAGAGCCGCUCCCGUUCCCACGAGCCCGAGACACGCGGCCAUCAGCGGCGCUCUCAGGUCCUCUCUGACCCCUGCGCGGCCCCGAACCCCCGAGCACGCCCCGGGCCCCAGUCCUUCAGGUCCCCGAAGGGCACGUCCAGAGGCGUCCAGUCAGCGGCCAGAAGCAGCAGGUACCCCGGCGUCUCUCCGGCGGACGCCUAUCAUCUCCCUCAGCCCUCCACGGCUCUCCAGCACAGCCACAGCAAGAGAUCCAGGGCCAGGGCCCGAGAGCAGGCGCUGACGCCCUCCAAACACACCCCGCCGCCCGCCGGCGAACACGGCUCCGGGUUAGUGCUGCCCGUGGUCCAGAGACACGAGCAUCAUCAUCAUCACGAACACCAUCAUCAUCACCACUACCACCACUACCACCAGACAUGACUCUCCAGGACCGGCCCGGUGGAGUGAAAACAUCCUGCGGAGUGAAGGGAGAGAGCGUCCAUUCUGAACCAUCGGAACGAGCCGUGUUUAAAGAGGCCGCUAAAAACGUUUAAGAAAAACACGGAUUCAGACAGAAAUUAAACAAGUGAAGUGUUUAUUAGUGAGUCAUUGAAUCAUUCAUUCACCAGUUUUGCAUAUUUUUCAUAUCAGUAAGUGUUCAUGA